AUGUCAGAACUAAACACCGAUAUACAAUAUGUGAGAGUAUGCAUUUGUGAGUGGAGCAAAGUGCUUAGAAUCGUAAAAAUAAAUGUAAAAGUAUUGGAGAUUUUGUACGAAAAGCUAUUACUUUUAAAUAAUUAUGAAGUGUAUGUUUUUAGCGACCUAUUGGGUUCAUACGCUGCGGAGAUGAAUAUUUACAACCAACAAAUCAUUAAACAAUUCGAUCAGCUAAUCCAUGAUAUAGGGAUUGCAAAGCAAAAAAUUGAAAAUUUCAAACCAAACCACUCUUCUAGUCAAGUUAUUAAGACUAUUGCUCCAGCUAAUGUAUUGAAUAAAUAUUUAUUCCAGCAGGAAUCUAAAAUUGAACGAUGUCUUUGUGAUAUUAUCACUAACAUAAGCAUGUUUAAAUGUCACAUGGAUAAAAUUUCUAAAAUAGCUAGUAUUUGUACAGUAAAAAUGAAUCGUUAUACUGAUAUUGAAUUCACAGAUGUGUUUAAAUUGCUUUGCAAUGUUUAUUUAGUGAUCAGAUCAGAUUUUGAAAAGAUGCAAAACAAAUUCAACGGCUUAUUCCAGGUGCAUAGAGAAUUAAUGCUUAUUCACGAUGAUAUUGGAUAUAGGAAUUAUAGUCUUAUGAAAGUAAUUGGCCAAUUAAGAGAAGAGAGUUUUGAUACUAGCAUUUUGGUCAAUAUGGAUAGACAGCUAGCAAAAAGCCAAGCUGUGGUGCAUUAG